AUGGCGGCAACUUCUGCCUGUGUUGACGGCCUCCCGCCAGAGAUCGUCUCCCAAAUUUUCGACCACUUAUCCACCAGGGCACCGUCCGAGGUCCUUCUUCACGAGCAGCCGAGAGAGGACAUGUUCUUGUCCACGAGCAACUCGUCAAGUAGUCACAGUGAGAAUGGCCUUCAACGACCUGAGAGAUCUGCCGACCUCAAGUCUGUCUCCCGGGUUAGUAAGAGAUGGAGGACUCUUGCGUUGCCGAGUCUCUUCCGGCACGUUCUGUGGCAGCCAAAAGUCACGUCGUUGAGUGUCUUCGAUCUUCAGCCAAUCCCGCUCCUGCAGUUCUUGUUGAGCAAUAGUCUGGACCACUACGUCACUACGUUCACACUACUUGUGGACUACUCCGAGACCGAGAUCUAUCCUGCCGAUUUUCCUCGCCAGAUGCGUACUGCGGACUUGGAGUGGUUAUGGGACCGGCUCUUUUCUGUCAUCGACCCGUCGAGGUUUACUAUAAUCGCGCCCCCCUCAACUCUCGCCGCUUUUCUCAAUCGCAUGCUGUUUCUAGAUGAUGCUUGGUCUUUCGAUAUUCCGUACCAUAUACUGUCCUUGGCCCGGCCUGGUCGUAAGGCAAAGACGCCCGGUUGUUCUCUAGUGCCGACGCGUGGAUUACCUCUAUCCACAAGCUUGUCACCAGAACUGGUCAAGAGUGAUGCCGCACUUACAGAGGCAACAAACGCAAAAAUUGAAACCAUGAGGAGUUCGCAGCCAUCUCGAGCAAACGCGCCAGCCGAAAGACAUCGACCGUGUAAGACGACAGAUGCACCUACAUCCCCUCUGUUCAUACUUAGACCGUGGACUUCGAUUCUGUUGAACGAGGGUUCCUCUAUCCGAGCCUACCAGACAUAUGAGUUCUUCCUUCGACAACCGCCUUCUAUGCUGAGCGCCCUUCUCGGCAUUGGAGAAUACCCCAACAACCAACCUCUCUUACCCUCGACCAUCACCGACUUCAACUACAUUGCAAUUUUCCCUCUAGCUUCUCAUGUCCAGACCCUGCUGUCGGAUCUACCUAAGCUUGACAGACUGUUCGUGCAACUGACCCCAAGGCCUACCAACCAGGUUCUCCAAGACCAGAAAGCUAUGAAGAACAUUGACAUGGCAGACCUCUGGAUGGAGCGAAAUACUGCUUACAGCCAUCUCUUUGCGGAAUUGACCCAGGCCGAGCCCCAUAAUAACUGGGCCUCGCUGAAAGUUUUCGAGAGCGGUGACGCGGCUGACAAAGAGAGCUGGAACAUGGCCCUGGACUUUCUAAAACGGAGCGGCAUCAAUAACUGGAUAGCAGAGCGCGACGGAGUGCUGGUCAAGGUCGAUGAAGCGGGCAACCCAGAACAGUCUGCGAGUACGGCAGAGCAUCAUCUUCUGCGGGAGGAGUCACUGAACGGAUCCUUGUUGUCAGUCGCCCCGAGUCUCCUUUACGCUCAUCACAUAUCCGGCUGA